CGUCGGGCGAACGGUAGCAUCUUGUGCUCAGACAGCGGAGCUCUGUCACAUUUUCAAGGCGGCCGCUUCAGGAUCACACACUUUUCCUUUUCCACUUCCUUGACCAUGGCGGAGGUUGCUUUUGCGGUGCUCACGAACGGCCCGCUCCUCGACUCGAUCCUCUCGUACCAGCACGGCCUCAGCCAAGGCGUCUCCAAGAUCGUCAUGGGCUACCGCAAGAAGACCAAGCACGCGCUCGUGUGCAAGAAGCAAAAGCAGGCGCUGCUCGCGUCCCCCGACAUGUUCCGCGCCUACGUGCUCCUCAAGCUCAUCGAGAAGAAGGACGUGCGCGGCGCGAAAGCGCUCAUGGCCGAGCGCCCGACGGGCUACACGUGCCCGACCUUCGAAGGCGGGUACCUCUACGGCAUCAACACCGCCGCGCAGCUCCGUGACGCUGCGCUCGUCACGUUUCUCCACAAGCAAAACGUGGGCAAGUGCACGAAGCACGCGCUCGACACGGCCGCGUCCAACGGCGACUUUGAAAUCGCCGAGUUUCUCGUCAUGAACCGCGACGAAGGCUGCUCGCUCGCGGGCUUUAUGCUUGCCGAGAAGCACGGCCACACAAAGGUGCUCGAGUUCCUCCGCGAGCACCGCCCGCGGGACCAAAACAAGUGCCCCCCGGUCGACCCCAAGUUUUCGCUCCUCCCUACGUGGUUCGUCAACCUCUGAGCGGCUCCGUUUCGGAAGAGCCCUGUCGUGACCCUUUGUGUUAUUUAAUCUCACCAACACUUAUCUAUUCCACCA